UGCUGCUGUUCCUUUGGCCUCUCUGAGAAACGCGCUCGUUUAGCUGCUUUCAUCAGAUUGAAGAGGUUCCCUCUAUCAGACUCGCUCAUCUGAGUUGGUCAUGAUGCAGGAUCGCUGCUCGCUCUCUGAUCCAUCCUGCUCACACUCUCCGACGGAAAAGCCCCGAAUCUGAAUGUGACUCUGGAGGAAAAAGCGGUUAGCUCUACUCCGUGAACUCUGGUGACCAAAGCUGUUAGCUAAACACGGCUAAAGAAAACCUGCUACCACUUCAGGAUCAUCCAUCAGCUGGGACUGAUUCAUCGUGUUUACUUCACCAUCUGGAUCUGGACAGCAUGGAUACAGACGUUCACCAGAGGGUUAAAGAAGAAGCUCCUGAAGAUCAGAGUGCUGGUGUGGACCAGCAGAACCCUGAACAGUUCCACAUAAAGGAGGAACAGGGGGAACUCAGGACCAGUCUGGAAGGAGAGCAACUCCAAUUGAAGGAGGAAACUAAUUUUGCCAGGUUUCCAUUCACAUCAGUUUGUAUAAAAAGUGAGGAUGAUGAAGACAAACCUCUGCUCUCACAGCUUCUCUAUCAGCAGCAAAUAGAAGACAGAGAUGUUCCAACCAGCAGCUCAGCUGACCAGACAACAGCAGAAACUGGUAGAGAAGCAGAAUCUAUCAGGAACUCAGUUCUGAACCGUAAUGAACAGAUAUCUGAUUCUUCAGAGACUGAAGUUAGUGAAGAUGGCUCCUACAAUGUGAAUCUAAACGUUGAGUUAUUAGACUCUGGGCCUGAAACUGGAGAUGGAGACAAUGACUGCAAUGAGAGCAGGUCUUCUAAAUCAGAUAUUAAGACUGUCAACAAAUCCUUUAGCUGCCCUGAGUGUGGUAAAGAGUUUCUCCACAAGUGGUCUCUCCAGAGACAUGUGAGAGUGACGAGUCAUUCAGCUGUAAGGUCUUCAGGAUGUUUGGUUACUAAGAAAAUUGUUAGAGUAAAGCAACAUGUGGACUCAUGCAGGAAAGUCCAGAUAGAACCAAAAUCAUUUAGUUGUGACAUUUGUGGAAAAAUAUUUAGUCAUAAUAAAAAUUUAAACAGUCACAAGAAAGUCCACACAGGACAGAAAAUUUUUACGUGUGAGCUCUGUGGGAAAAGCUUUAAUCAAAGGACAAGUUUAAACAGACAUGUGAGAGUUCACACAGGACAGAAACCUUUUGCAUGUGAGCUCUGUGGGAAAAGCUUUAUGCAAAGGACAAGUUUAAACAGACAUGUGAGAGUCCACACAGGACAGAAACCUUUUACGUGUGAGCUCUGUGGGAAAAGCUUUAAGCAAAGGACACAUUUAAACAGACAUGUGAGAGUCCACACAGGACAUAAACCCUUUGCUUGUGAACUCUGUAAACAAAAAUGUAGUGAAAAGGCAAAACUAAACUAUCACAUGAGAGUCCACACAGGACAGAAACCUUUUGCCUGUGAGCAAUGUGAACAAAGAUUUAGUCGAAAGGCAAAUUUAAACAGUCACAUUAGAGUCCACACGGGACAGAAACCUUUUACCUGUGAACUCUGUGGAAAAAGCUUUAAUAACAGCUCAAAUUUAAACGGUCACAUGAGAGUCCACACAGGACAGAAACCUUUUGCCUGUGAACUCUGUGGAAAAAGCUUUAAUAACAGCUCAAAUUUAAACGGUCACAUGAGAGACCACACAGGACAGAAAUCAUUUGCUUGUGAGCUCUGUGAACAAAGAUUUAGUCAAAAGGCAAAAUUAAACAGACACAUGAGAGUACACACAGGAGAGAAACCCUUUGCUUGUGAGCUCUGUAAACAAAGAUUUAGUCAAAAGGCAACAUUAAACAGACACAUGAUAGUCCACACAGGACAUAAACCGUUUGUCUGUGAACUCUGUGGAAAAAGCUUUACUCGAAGGGCAACUUUAAACACUCAUAUGAGAGUUCACACGGGACAGAAGCCUUUUGCCUGUGAGCAAUGUGAACAAACAUUUAACCAUAAGAAAAGUUUAACCAGUCACACGAGAGUCCACAAAGGACACGAUAAUCAAUUUCCCUCUGGGAUUAAUAAAGUAUUUUUGAAUUGAAUUGAAUAACUGUAUUUAGGCUAGGCAGUUAUUUUAUAGCACAUUUCAAACACAAAGGCAUUUCAAAGUGCUUUACAGAAGCAAGAACAGCAACAGCACAGUUAAUCAAACAAAGAAAUGUAAAUAUUUAUUUCAGAUUUAACAAACAGAUGAAAGGCAUGCUCAAAAGGGUAGCAGUUACAAUGCAGAAAGUGCAGCAUAAGAAACAUUUGUUCAAAGGCUGAUGAAUACAUGAAGGUUUUUAAUUUUGAUUUAAGACUUAAUAGAGUUGGGGCAUAUUUGAGGUCAUGAGGAAGCUGAUUCCAUCUGCGUGCAGCAUAGUGAAUAUAAAAGCAGCUUCACCCUGUUUCGUUCUGACCUGAGGUUCUACCAGCUGACUGUGUCCCAAGGAUCUGAGAGCCCUGCUGGGUGUAUAUAUUAGAAGGAGGUCCAACAUGUACUUUUGCCCCAUGCCAUUGAGGGAUUUAUAGACCAGUAAAAGCACUUUGAAGUCGAUUCUGUAGUUUACUGGUAACCAGUGUAGAAAUUAAAAGGCCCAGUGUAUGAGUUUUCCCAGUUUACUAUCAAAUCCUGUGUUUCCAGUUCACAAACUUGUCCUUUUUCACCAAUAUUUCUCACCAACAUCAAUUCUAAAUUUUCCUCUCUACUUGAAAUUAUACAUUUUUAAAUACAUAAACUGUUGUCGAAGCUCCAUGGUCAUCCACUAUCUUAAAAUACAGUAGCUGUUUAGGGACAUACGAGCUCCACAUUACCCGUUUGGACUGUGACAGUAACCUGAAAGAACCAGCAGAGGGCAGAAGUACGCCCUGGAAGCAUGGAGUCUGCUAAUUCAAGUAAGAAAUAGAAAAUAAUAGCUACACCUUUGCUGUACUUGUUAGUUUGAAUAAAAAACAAUUAAAUCAAAAGACAUAAAAUUUGUCAGGUCGUCGUCAUGUCCUACACAAGGAAGCUGCAUAUGUUCAGACCUCCGCCCGCUAUUAGCUGGACGCCAGCCUCCGAUUAGAGUCUCUGACUCCCAAACUCACCUCAAGUUGUUCACUGGCCUUUUCCUAGUACCAGAACUCCCAAUCCAGUCCCAACGUGUCUGUACCAAAGCCCUUCUACUCAAGUCUCCUCUCUUCCCGCAGCCUGCCGUCUCGCCUGACAUGCUCCAGCGCUCGUCCGCUAGCCAGUGGCUAAAUCAGCGUUGUUACUUUAUCUCCACAACACUACUAACAGCGAUGUAGUUCUCCACGCGUUACAGAGAUGCUCCGACUUCUUCUUAAACAUUACCUUUAGACUUGGGUCUCCUUUGGCUGGUAAUCUGUGGGAGUUUACAUGCAGCAUACACAGCGUCUCCCCGGCUCUAGCCAUGGCUAACUGGUAGCUCGUGACGUCCAUCUCCACCACGCCAGCCGUGAGCCACAAUUAGCUGGUGGAUAAGUCAGCAUUGUGUACUUGAUCUCCAGCGUGUCCCCAGCUCACCAACACUCAUUCACCAGCCUUAGUUAACGAUCAACCAGUGAUUGCUCCAUAUCCAUAUAAGCUGGUAGCGGCAGCCAGUUUGCUUACAUCGAGUGGAGCACUCCGUGAUCCACGUGAAACGGGUGUUGUGGGAAAUCGGCAACAGAAGCUGAGUGACAAUGCGCUUUCGUACAAUAGGUUCAAAGCAAUUUAUUGAGUUGUAAAGGAUACGUAAACACCGUGUGACCUUAAGACAUGUCGUGUGAAUGUGAAAUUUAAAAGACCGCUCUGGCUCCAGCCAAACUCCUAAAAUUUCAUUUUAACAGAAGGAUGAACCGGCGAGGAAUCCAAAAAAUAAAGAUUAAGAGUCCUGUCACUGUCAGAUAGAGUACUACAUCAAUGAAACAGCAUGGAGUAAGUCUUAGAUUUAUUCAAAAGAAGUUUGUUCUGAGCUAGCCAGAGCUGCACUUCGUCAAAAUUAGGCUGAAUAGCUUCUUGUAAUUCGGAUUUACUCAACUUAGAACAGUAUAAGACCGUGUCAUCUGCAUAUAACUGAACAGAACAGGAUCUGCAGCACCGUGGUAAAUCAUUAAUAAAAAUUGAAAAUAAUAACGGCCCAAAUGAAGAGCCUUGGGGAACACCUCUGAUGACUCCUCGCGUGUUGGAUUCAGAACCAUUAAAGGAAACAAAUUGAGAGGGAUGAUGAAGAAAAGAACUAAACCACAGUAGAGGCGGCCUUGACAGACCAAAAGCAUAUAAUUUAUCUAAAAGUAGAUAGUGAUUGACGAGGUCAAAGGCUUUUGUUAAAUCAAGAAAAAUCGCACCACCAAAUAAAUUAUUGUCUAAACCAGAAUAGAUGUCAUUAGAAAAUUUAAGCAGUGCAGUAGUUGUCGAGAAGUUUUUUCUGAACCCCGAUUGGUACUGAGAUAGUAGGUUGUUGUCCUCUAAGUAUUUAGAUAGUUGGAUAAAAACCAGUUUUUCAAAUACUUUAACAACUGUAUUAAUUAUAGCAAUGGGUCUAUAGUUAUUAGGUUCAGAUGUAUCAUUUCCUUUAUGCAGUGGUAUUAUUUUAGUACAUUUCCAAGCUUUUGGAACAGAACAUGUGUUAAUAGAGUGAUAAAAAAGAAUAGAUAAUGGUAAGGCUAGAACAUCAGCAGCUAUCCUAACAAAGCGACUCUCUAUGCCAUCUGGACCUGCAGUAUUCCCACUAGAGAGAGACAGUAUAACUUUACGCACUUCCUCUGAACGAAUUUCAGAUAAAGAAAAUCCACUGGAGCAACAGUGAGGCAAGGUGUAAGACCCAUGAUGUUCUGCAGAGGUAAGGAAAGGAGAGGAAGCAAAGUGCUUACUGAAUGCUUCAGCAAUUUCAGCCGGGUCAUUAAUAAGACUCCCAUUAACAUUCAGAUGUGAGAUUUUAACAUUAGUUUUCCCCCUCAGAUCUUUAAUUUUAUCCCAGAAGCGCUUAGGGUUAUUUAUAUCCUUAUGCAAACCAUUCUUAUAAAAAUUAGCUUUAGUAUUCCUAGUUUGGGUAGUACAGAAGUUUCUUAGUUUUCUAUAAACUGUCCAAUGCUCAUGCAGAUUGCUAAGUUUUGCUACUUUCCACGCUUUGUCGCGCUUCUUAAACAAAGCAAUUAAUUCAUGAGAAAUCCAAGGCAAAUGGCUGCCCUUAAUUUUUACACUGACCCAAGCUGCAUGAACUGAGAGUGGAAAAAUGCCCAAGCAUCAUUAACAUCGGGUAUAAGAAACCAAUGCAAUUUUGAACCUUUUAAUUUGGAAACAAACUUAUUUUUGCAUUAACACUGAAUGUGGAAUAACUUAAUUACAACACGAGCAAGUCAGUUUUAAAUAAAAGACAUUAGUGGUAUUCAUUACUUGUGGUAUAUUCAGCAUUUUUAAAAUCUAUUCAGGAUUUAUGUUUUCUUGUUGUUUAUUCAUUUUUCUUAUUUUUUAUUCUCCUUUUUUCUCCUGUAAUAAGUGUCAUCGCUGCUGUGACAUCUAGCUUUCCCCACUGAGGAACAAUAAAGGGAUUUUCUAUUCUAUUCA